AUGUCGCGGCCAGAACUACAAGCCCCGCCAGAAAUUUACUAUGGCGACGUGGAAGCAAAAAAGUACACAAAAAAUACACGGAAUCAGCAGAUCCAGGCUGACAUGACAUAUCGAGCGCUGGAACUACUGAAUCUACUGCCCGACGAGCCGGCCAUGUUGCUGGAUAUCGGAUGUGGAUCCGGGCUGUCUGGUGAGAUUCUUGACGAAGAAGGAUAUAUAUGGACAGGUGUCGAUAUCGCUCCCAGUAUGCUUGAGGUCGCACUUGAACGGGAAGUUGAAGGUGACCUCUUUUUGCAGGACAUUGGUCAGGGCUUUGGAUUCCGACCAGGGAGCUUUGACGGCGCUAUCAGUGUCUCUGUCUUGCAAUGGUUAUUAAACGCAGAAACAUCCCAUCCGACAUCCUCCCCACCCCAUCGUCUCAAUAGGUUCUUCACCACACUCCAUUCAGCUCUGCGGAAUCCUUCACGCGCGGUGUUUCAAUUUUACCCUUCCUCUGAUGACCAAAUUCAACUCAUCUCGUCAAUAGCCCAAAAGGCUGGAUUUGGUGGUGGUAUAGUUGUAGACUACCCAAACUCAAAGAAAGCCAAAAAAGUCUUUUUAUGUCUGUUCGUCGGUGGAGGUGGGGCGCAGCAGGUACCGCAAGGACUCGAUGGUGAGGUAGAGGAAGAUGGCAAAGCACGGUUUGAACGGCGAAGGGAGCGAGAACGGACGAGGUCGAACAGUGGAAAGAGAAAACCCAUCAAGGGCAGGGAUUGGAUAUUGAAAAAGAAGGAGCUAUAUCGAAAACGGGGCAAAGAAAGCGUUCCUCGCGACUCGAAGUUUACAGGCCGCAAACGGAAGCCUGUAUUCUGACAUUCAUAUCCUUUUGCAUUGGGUGUAUACGUACUUAGCCAUGGCUGAUAGCUUUCUUGCAUCUUUAUUAUGGUUGUGAAUUAUAAGAUAUAUACUUUUGAGUAGGGUAUUGCCAUUUCCAGACCUAUUGUCGGUGUUUUUGGGUAAAGAUGUCUUCGCAAGCUUUCAUUACUUGCUGAACAUCUGUACGAAUGAAGAGACCUUGCAGCUCUGCC